GGGUGACUUCCUGGUUCGUACCCACCAUGUGGAGUACUGUGGUGGGGGCAUCCUGGACCCUGAUGAUGUAUUGACUGACCUGGUGGAGGACAGAGACAAGCUGAUGGCCGUCUAUGAGGAGCAGGAGGCCCAGCGGAGAGGAGCUGUGAGUCCCAGAGCAGGAGUAACAGGAAGAACCAGCCAAGACCCCUAUGACGCCGAGGUCUCCGUCUUCCAGCCAAUCAGAGGAGGAGAGAUAGAGGUCAACUCCUCAGCUCUUAAAUCCAACACUCCCCUGCUCGUAAGGAGCAGCAGUGAAUCAGCCCUCAGCCCCCCAGUGGAGACGUCGCAGCCCCCGCAGCCUCAGGAGCCCAACGACAGGCCUGGCCCUGAACCCCCCACGGGGGUGAACCAUGGACUGGACAAGACAGGAGGACACAGAGCUGAUGUCUCGACUACCAAACUCAACACAUUCUCUCUCAG